UGUACGACAGCACUGCUGGUUCAGAUUGUUGUUUCAGAACAUUCACAACAAGGUUGAAAUAUCAAACAAGCAAAUGCCUCCAUCUGGAACAAUUGUCCGUGCGUCCAUGACAACACGCGUUUCUUCAACGAUUACAUUCAUUUGCUAGCAAGCAGAUAACUGCGCUAGCAAAUCGGAAAUUUGGAAAAUUCCUGAAACGAUAGCUAGAUGAUGCAUCUCUUCUAUGUCUAAAAUCUCAGGGUUGGUUGUUGUUAGCUGGCUAGCUAGCUAGCUAGCUAACGUUAUUGAACAAGAUAGCUGGGUAUGUAUUUUUGACUCAGCUAGCUACUAGCUGGCUGGCUAGCUAGCUAGCUGUUUAUUUCAUGUAUUUGACUCUAAAUUUAAGCAGCUAACUAAUCAUAACUAAUUUAGCUGUCUUGCUACGGCUAAUUGCUGACAACAAACCAAACAAUUGCAUCUUAGCUAGCUAGCCAGCUAGCCUCGAUACACAGAAGAAUGAGCAGAAAACACCAUCAUUUGAAAGGAGCCGAAGUAAGCUGCUGUGUGAAAUAUUUUUUAUUCGGAUUCAACAUUAUAUUUUGGUUGCUGGGAGCUGCCUUCCUUGGCAUUGGACUUUGGGCAUGGGCUGAGAAGGGAGUACUGUCCAACAUCUCGUCCAUCACGGACCUGGGCGGGUUCGACCCGGUGUGGCUGUUCAUCGUGGUGGGAGCGGUGAUGUUCAUCCUGGGCUUUGCCGGCUGCAUCGGAGCGCUGCGGGAAAAUACAGUCCUGCUCAAAUUUUUCUCUGUAUUCCUGGGGCUCAUCUUCUUCCUGGAGCUGACGGCGGGGAUCCUGGCCUUCGUGUUUAAGGACUGGAUCAAAGACCAGCUCAAUCUGUUCAUCAAUAACAACGUCAAAGCCUACCGGGAUGACAUUGACCUGCAGAACCUCAUUGACUUUGCACAGGAAUAUUGGUCGUGUUGCGGAGCUCACGGGCCCAACGACUGGAACCAGAACAUUUACUUCAACUGCACCGAGAUGAACCCCAGCCGCGAGCGCUGCGGAGUACCCUUCUCCUGCUGUGUCAAAGACCCCGCCGAGGAUGUGCUCAACACACAGUGUGGAUAUGACGUGCGGCUUCAGGGGGAAUUGGAUCAACAGAAAUACAUCUACACCAAGGGCUGUGUGGGCCAGUUUGAGAAGUGGCUCCAGGACAACCUGAUUAUUGUGGCCGGGAUCUUUGUGGGCAUUGCACUGCUCCAGAUCUUCGGCAUUUGCCUGGCCCAGAACCUGGUGAGUGACAUCAAAGCGGUGAAGGCCAACUGGUGACAGGAGGUUUUGGAGGAGAGGUGAGACGGAGUGAGAGCAGCGGCGAGGUAGAGAGAGGGGGGGGGGGGGGGGCAACCCCAACCCCCCACCCCCCCUCUCUGCUCUACCCCCUCCUGUCUUUUUUUCUCCCUCUUCCUCUUCUCCUUCCUCUCGUGUCCUGCCCGGACACAGAGCUCUGUCUACACAAAGGACAGAGGCCAAACACCCACGCACGGGAGCUCCCCAGGAUCCAUGGCCAUGGAGGCCCACUUCACAAGCGGAUUUAGGAUUUGUUUUCAUUAUCCCGGAAUUAUUCCAUUCCAUUAUUUUAUUCUUGCUUUCUGUCUCUUUUGGCUCCUGUGUUGUUUAAGGGUGGGUUGGGGUGGGGGGGUGUGUGUGUGUGUGUGUGUGUGUGUGUGUGUGUGUGUGUGUGUUUGGUUCAGACUGAUCUCUGGUUGUCUCAUUUGUGUGCUGGAGGGAUGGCCUGCAUGGGAAGCCACACAAGUAGAGUUUUCUCUAUCUCUCUCUCUCUCUCUCUCACUCACAGACACACACACACACACACACACACACACACUCGUUUUUAUGGUUCUCAUAUCAGAGGUAAUCACUGCUUACUGAAGUCUCCAGGCUCUCUCCUUGAAUGAUAACUUCUUAAAUGCCAUUACCAUGUUGUCCUGAGUAGCAGGCAAUUACCCUCUUCUUAAUUGGAGUGGUCUGGGAUUUGGAAGUGUCUGUGUGUGUGGGAGUGGAUGUGGGUUUACAUUUAGAGGGGUUAGGGGGGGAAGUGUGUGUGUGUGUGUGUGUGUGUGUGUGUGUGUGUGUGUGUGUGUGUGUGUGUGUGUGUGUGUGUGUGUGU